GGUUGUGUCAGAGAUAAACAGCCUUUUGAGUCUGAACAAAUGCAGCCGGCUGGUUGGUUCUUGGGGGGCUUAGAUAUAAGUGGAGAGGUGCACUCUGUUGGGGCAGGGGGCUCUCUUUUGGUUUUAAUUAACUGGCUAUGAGUACAUGACAGAGGUUUACAAGUUCACGGCUGACAUCACUCAAUUUCUGCCCUCAGAUAUUGAAUCUAAGCCAGCAGUUUGGUGGUUGCUCAAUAGCAUCAAGAAUUGCUUAAAUGUAAGUCAAGGGCACUGUCGGGCUUACAUUUUGGUUCUUUUAACUUUUCAAGUACUUAAGGCAAAAAGCGAUUGUCUUUCCAGCCCUAUUGGGCAUCUUCUAAGGGGCCCUGGGCGACUAUUUCCUGCCCAGCUCCCUGUCCUUACACAGAGAGGGAUCCUAGGGCUGCCCUGGAAAGCCGUUCUCCUGCCUCUCUGCUCUGUUUGCUUUGGAGUUUUAUCAAGAAGGGGCAGAUGGGAAGCUCUGCUGGAUGCUGGCGUUGUGAGGCACACCCCCCUGACCUUUCUUCCAGCCAAAUAGCUCUGAUAAGUGGGCAGGCCUUGAGCCUAGAGACCCACAGACACACUUGGACGAUUCCUGCAGAAAUCAGUGAGGCAGUCUCCUCCCAGGGGCUUGGCACCUGGCUCCAGAGGCGAGGCUGCCGGCCCGGACGCUGACUGCCCAGUGCCACAGACAUGGCCAACGGGACCAACGCCUCUGCCCCAUACUACAGCUAUGAAUACUACCUGGACUAUCUGGACCUCAUUCCCGUGGACGAGAAGAAGCUGAAAGCCCACAAACAUUCCAUCGUGAUCGCAUUCUGGGUGAGCCUGGCUGCCUUUGUGGUGCUCCUCUUCCUCAUCUUGCUCUACAUGUCCUGGUCCAGCUCCCCGCAGAUGAGGAACAGCCCCAAGCACCACCAAACAUGCCCCUGGAGUCACAGCCUCAACCUCCACCUCUGCAUCCAGAAGUGCCUGCCGUGCCACAGGGAACCCCUGGCAACCUCACAGGCUCAGGCGAGCUCAGUGGAGCCAGGGAGCAGAACUGGCCCUGACCAGCCGCUACGACAGGAGAGCUCCUCCACCUUGCCCCUCGGGAUUUGCCAGACCCACCCCACUCUCCUCUGGGAAUUGACCCUCAACGGGGGUCCCCUCGUCAGGAGCAAGCCCAGCGAGCCUCCCCCUGGAGACAGGACCUCUCAAUUGCAGAGCUGAUGUCAGUAAAUCGUGGCCAUAGCUGAGUGAACUGGUGAAACCAAGCCAACCUGGACACAUACGUUCCUCGUUCUUCUUAGAGGCCAUUUGCAUGUAGCAGAAAGGGCGCCUAGGUCAAGUGCAACUAGAGCAGGAGCAUCCUAUGCCUUUGACAAAGAUUGCAGUGGCCCCUCGAGUGCAGAGGUCAUCCCAGGUGUUGCUGAGUUUAUUGAACACACCUAGCCUGCUUGCUUACUGCUUAUAUUUGCUUAGGGAAGAGUAGGAAAAUAAAAUAUACGCAAAUCAAGAGGAAAA